CAAAGAUAAAAGAGGUUAUCGGAGGUCCGGAUAGAAAAUUAUCUCCAUAUUCAUCUUCAAGUGCAUCAACAAAACAGUUACAAUGGAUCCAAAUGAAUUUAAAGAUUUCUCAAAGGAAAUGACAGAUUUCAUUGUGCAAUAUCUGGAAAACAUAAGAGAAAGGAGAGUUUUACCAAUUGUGCAGCCCGGUUAUAUGAAACCCCUAGUUCCUGAUGAAGCACCACAGUAUCCUGAAGCAUGGCAAAAUAUUAUGAAUGAUAUCGAAAGAGUAAUAAUGCCUGGCGUAACUCAUUGGCACAGUCCCAAAUUUCAUGCAUAUUUUCCUACGGGUCAAUCUUAUCCUGCAAUAGUUGCAGAUAUGCUUAGUGGUGCAAUCGCUUGUAUAGGAUUUACAUGGAUUGCAAGUCCAGCGUGCACAGAACUCGAAGUAAUAAUGCUUGAUUGGUUAGGAAAAAUGAUUGAAUUGCCAAAGGAAUUUUUGGCUUGCGGCGACGGUAAUGGAGGAGGUGUAAUUCAAGGUACAGCAAGUGAAGCAACUUUGGUAGCACUUUUAGGUGCUAAGGUUAAAAAAAUCAAACAAAUCAAAGAACUACAUUCAGAAUGGACAGAUAAUGAAAUUGUUGGAAAAUUAGUUGCAUAUGGAUCACUUCAAGCACAUAGUUCCGUAGAACGAGCUGGUCUUUUGGGAGGUAUUCAGUUUAGACUUCUUGAAACAGAUGGUAAACAUCGACUACGCGGAGAAACAUUUGCGACAGCCAUUCGUGUUGACAAAGAGCAAGGACUAAUUCCGUUCUAUGUUGUUGUCACGUUAGGAACCACUUCAUCUUGCACAUUUGACCGUUUGGAUGAAAUAGGACCAAUUUGCAAUAGUGAAAAAAUUUGGCUACAUGUUGAUGCUGCAUAUGCAGGAUCUGCAUUUAUUUGCCCAGAAUUUCGCUACUUAAUGAAUGGAAUAGAGAGAGCAGAUUCUUUUAAUUUCAAUCCACACAAAUGGAUGUUAGUCAAUUUCGAUUGUUCACCUUUGUGGUUGAAAGAACCAACAUAUAUCAUUAAUGCAUUUAAUGUUGAUCCUCUUUAUCUUAAACAUGAUUUGCAGGGAUGUGUGCCAGAUUACCGUCAUUGGCAAAUUCCUCUUGGUAGAAGAUUUAGAGCUUUAAAAUUGUGGUUUGUUCUUAGAUUAUAUGGUAUAGAGAACCUUCAAAAAUAUAUAAGGAUCCACGUUGCUUUAGCUCAUGAAUUUGAGGAAAUGGUCUUAUCCGAUCCUAGAUUUGAAAUUGUUGAAGAAGUUAUUCUUGGUCUUGUUUGCUUUAGACUAAAGGGUACGAACGAAUUAAAUGAAGCGCUUUUAAAGCGAAUAAAUGGAGCUGGAAAUAUUCAUUUAGUGCCGUCGAAAAUACAAAGCAAUUUCUUCUUGCGCUUGGCUAUUUGUUCACGUUUCACCGAAAGUAAAGAUAUUGAGUACUCAUGGAAGGAGAUCAAACUUCGCGCAGAAGAAUUAUUGGACGGGCAGUCAUUGUCUAAGUGAUUGCGCAUCUACAUAAUGCGUAAUCGCAAAACGCUUGUGACUAACAUUUACAUACAGUUUUAAGAACUUAAAUAUUAUUCCCACUUAUUUCAGGAAACUGAGUCUUCUCUGUCUAUAUACAAAUGUAUAUACAAAAGUGAUAAAGGAACAUAUUACGAAUGAAUAAACGAUUCAAAGAACGAAUAUAUAUAUAUAUA